CAGAUCUGUGGAGGCUUACGAAGACGACCUUAAUCAGCGGCAUGGCAUACGCGUAGUCGCCGAUGAUCACAGAGUCACACAGCCGGUUUAUCUCACAGCCACAAUUAAAUCACGUCACUCACUCCCAGUGCUGCUUUAAAGGCUCAUAUUCCAGUCUAUCCAAGCCACAACCUCCCCUGCACAUCGAAAUCGACUCAAAACAUGACCACUCCGUAUCCUGGCCAAAAAACCGCUGUCAAUGUUGUCUUGGGCGCCAUGACUUUCGGGGCACCGGGGACCUUGGCAGCGCGUGUCUCUGAUCUCAAAGAUAUUGAGGCCAUCAUCGAUGAAUUUCUCAGCCACGGCCAUCGUGAGAUAGACGCAGCUCGCAUGUACGGGGAUGGCACGAACGAGCAGUACCUCGGGAAAAUCGAUUGGAAGAGCAAGGGGAUUUUGAUGGAGACAAAAUUGUACCCGGUUUCGCCGGAAACAAGCCACAUUGGCGAUCACUCACCGGCCAGCAUUCGGAAGUUCUGUCAGAUGUCUCUCGAUGCUCUCAAGACCGACACGAUCGAAAUGUGGUAUCUGCACGGUCCGGACCGCAAGACCCCCUUCGAAGACACACUGCGCGCCGUAAACGAGCUCUACAAGGAGGGCAAAUUCAAGCGUUUCGGGAUCAGCAACUACAUGUCAUGGGAGGUGGCCGAGCUUUGCGGGAUCUGUGAGCGCAACGGCUGGAUCAAGCCGACUGUGUAUCAGGGCCUCUACAACGCGAUCCAUCGGGCCGUUGAACCCGAGCUCUUCCCAUGCUUGCGUAAAUUUGGGAUUGCAUUUUACGGGUUCAACCCAGUGGGCGGGGGGUUCUUUACGGGCCGGUACUCCAACAUCACUGACGAGGCGGAUGGCACCUCCCGCUUUCAUAGUGAAGGCCGUGUCAGCACUCUCUACCGCAAGCGAUACUGGCAGCAAGCAUAUUUCGACGGGUUGAACAAAAUCUCUGCAGCAGCGGACAAACACGGCCUUACGAUGAUUGAAGUCGCUUUGCGCUGGACCAUGCAUCAUUCUUUGAUGAAACGCGAAUUCGGAGAUGCGGUCCUCAUCGGUGCAUCGAGCAUCGCUCACAUCAAACAGAAUCUGGGCGAUUUCGAGAAGGGACCGCUGCCCGAAGAUGUUGUCGAGGCUUUGGACGAGGCUUGGGCAGGGGUCAAAGGUAUCGCAACCCCCUACUACCACUAGUUUGUCUUCCUUUCGGCUGCCUGGAAUUCAAUCCUGUGAAUCGCCCCAUUCAACGUUUUCCAAUGCAUCAGUGCCGCGACAGCCAAUCACGGCUCCAUUGCUCCUCUGCUGCUCACGAGCCAAGUUGUGCAUCAUGACUGUCCGAUGAAGCUACUUAUCGAGGCAUGCGCUCACUAGUGUAGGUGUGCUGGCCGCACUGCCGCAAUAACUGCCACGAGACCUUGUCCUCCGAAUCUGCUUGUCAGCC